AUGGAUGAGAAACGACCCUCUCAAAGAGUCAUGUCACCGCUUCAGGCUCGCCGCAGUCGCCCUGCCAUGACGCUAAUCGUCAUGGCCAUCGUGACAUACACUUUCUGGAUAUGGCAACCCUUCAGGCCUCUCAUCGACGACGAGCCUUGGGUCAACGUCACACACCAAGACGCCCAAGUUACUGAUGGACUCGUACCUUUAGAAGCCCAUAUCAUGAGCAAAUGCCCUGAUGCCAAGGACGCUCUUGAACUAUUGGUGCUACCUGUCAUGCAGCGCGUCCAUGACAAGGUCAACUUUACUCUAUCUUAUAUCGGCCGACCAACUGCCAACGAUGGUGUUGACUGUAUGCACGGCCCCUCGGAAUGCAUGGGCAACAUCAUUGAACUCUGCGCCCGCGAGCUUUACCCCGACCCCAAGAUCAACCUCGGCUUCAUCAUGUGUUUAAGUCGCGAUUACCACGAUAUCCCCGGACGAUCUCUCGUCGAAGACUGCGCUCUCGAGUCUGCUAUCGAUUUCCAGCAACUUAACGAUUGUGCUGUCAAGGAGGAUGGCGCUUAUGGAUUGAGUCUCUUGCGCCAUAGCAUUCAGAGGACCGCAGACGUAUGUCGAAACCGACUAACUAGUAAGAACGUAGGCAUACUGACAGUUUCUAGGCCGGUGUUACCAAGAGUGCUACCAUUCGCCUGA